ACCUAGGUAUCUGGGCACUUCUGAGAUGCAUUGUCAGGUACUGCACUGCCCAGGUCGUUGCUCUCGAUCACCCUGCUUUACUCAGUCUUUCCUACCCCAUUCUUAUCCGUCAGGUUUCACGCGUCUUGCUGCUCGUUUUUUGACUUCAGAACAUCAUUGACACUAUCCUGACCCAUGGCCACGCAACCCGGCGAGUGUAUCAGCAGACUCAAAAGACGGUACCCUUUGCCGGUGCUUCUUGUCUUCCUGCAAGAUGCUGGGCCUCUGCUCAACGAGGAGGGGAAGGACCAGCUGGGAUUGAUUGAGUCUGAAUGCCGCUCAGCGAACCUGUGUGCCCCUGGCUUGCACAAGCCAUGGCCCGCCAGUCCGUCAAGGGGGCUAGGCUACACGGGCACGCGCUCCGUCACUGAUGACAUUCACCAGGCCAGCACACCGACCUCCCAUAUUCAGAACGAGCAUACCGCCCAGUUACGUCGGAGGACUGCACGUGGUUACAAGAAAGAGCGCGUCGCAUGUCCCUUCUGUUCCGAAGCCAACAUGUCGAAGUCUUUCUCACGCAAAACUGACCUCAAACGUCAUCUCGAAGACUACCACGGAACGAAUGCUCAGUGGCUCUGCCUUGAAAAUGGCUGUGGCAUGAGCUUUGACUGGGAGGCAGCGCGCAAGUCCCAUGUGAAGCAAGCGCACAGCAAUAUGCGCUAUUCCCCAAAGGAAGCCUUCAUCCAGCUCUGCCCUCAGCUUGUGUUUGCCUGUGGCUUUACCACUUGCACGAGGGUCUUUGAGGCAACAAGCGCCCAGGAUGCCGGACAAGUUGCAAAAGAUUAUUUCCGUCACGUCAUUAACCAUUUCAACGACAAGGCGUCUGACCGGACUUGGUCUUACUCAACCCGUAUCCGGAACUUGCUUCGCCAGAAUGGCGUCGAGCUCUACUGGAAAGGGAGAAAGAGAAAGAGAGACGGGAAAGAGGGUCAUAAAACCCUCGAGUGGCAGCCUCACACCUCGGGCGUUCUGAGAGUGAUGCUUGAGACCCGCCAUCUGCCCAAUGUCCCCUUGAUAGUUGAGUGGGCUGUGACACUGGGCUCUGGACAAUUCCCCCUUCCCACGCUGCCGGCGGAGAUGCGCCUUCCUGUCAUGGAGAGUUGCAAGUUCUGCAAGGACGCUACGGUUGCCCAGGGCCUCGCAACCGAGGCUGAUUGGCACCACCACCAGGUGAUGGAUGCUGUUUCCCCGCUGACCGGCCUAGCUGCAUCUGAACUAUCGGAAAGCAAGAUGGAUAAUGACUUGUGCCUCACCGGGAUUUUCAAUCAACCACCACGGUUAUCCCCUCCGGGGCUUUCGAAUGUCGAUGCAUAUGGUCUUCAUCAGCAGGCGUUGAUGUCGUACGAACCGGCCUCGUGGACUGGCCCUCAACCUGGAGUACUGCCACGGUGUCUUCCACCAGACAGCGACCACACCGGCCUGUCUCUCCAGUCCGCACUCGCUCCGGACCCACCAAAUCUCAUGGAGAACGACAUCUUGCACACAACCUCUUACGACACCUCGCCGUUGCAAGAUUGGUCUAGCGUUUUCGCGCAUCAUGCCCUCUCUUUUCCGCAUCAGGCAGAUGGCCCCCAAGCAAAUGUCAAGACUGGCGAAUACCCCAACGCCUUGCAUGCCGAGUACUGGGACGGAAGCACGCAAAACUCCGUACCAAUCUCUGUUGAGAGUGAGCACCAGGGGCUACAAAGCGAGGAAGAGAAUUACCAGGAAGAUUGAGUGCCUGAAGUUCACAGGAACAGACUCACGGAUGGAAUCACCAGUAGAUGGGGCCAAUGACCUACAACGCCUCCCGAGGCGAUGCUCAGGUGUUGAGGGAUAAGGGGCCUUGGAGCGGCCAGGAGUUUUCAGAGUCAGCUAAGUACGGGCCUUUGCUCUCCAUCUGCGGAUACUUUUAGACGUUUUCUUUAGUACCUUAUCAAUGGCAGCAGAAGCCCGGCUGCCAUGGGACGCCCGUUGAAUGCAGGGCAACUUUAGGUUGGGUUAUAUACGGCGGUAUCAAAGUCUUGUUGAUAUGGAGCUCUAGACAAAGUCGAUUUUGUGGUUGCAAUUUCAGAGCGUU